AUGCAAUUCAAUAAGAUAUGGCCACGCAUGACUCGAAGCAACUUUGAUACCUAUGUAGAUCUAUACGACAAAUACUUCUUAUUCUUGGAUGAGCAAAUGAGCUUGAUUGAACGGAAGUCGAUUCUUUAUUCCACGAAGUCUAUUAACGAACUCGCAUCUAUUAUCGAUCAAAUUCGACAGCAUGUCUACAAGAAAAAGUCCGAGUUAUUCACCAACUCGUCAGAUGAAACUAUGAGAUCAGCCGACAUGGCAAUAAGGAUUUGGCUAAUGGUCCAUAUCGAGCAUUCAACGUCUGGCUCAGCAAGUUCUUUUCAGUGGCCAAAGGCCAUGCCAUUAAGCCUAAUGAUACAAGACUGGUAUCCGCCAGGAAGAAAGACGGAUGUCGAGGCUCGACAGAUUUCUCAGAGCUUCUCGAUUGCGAACCUUACACGCUACUAUGGCUUCCAAGUGAAGUGGACAAGCGAUCUGACACAGCACCUCAGUAUAGACUGGGAAUACAAGCAAAUUACAAUCUUUGAGCACGCCAUUGCCUUGCGAAAUCACCUUAUUUACCCAGAUGACUGUCCACUUCCAAAGCAAUUUGUACAGGAAGCAGUUGACACAAUCAAAUUGCUCUUCCCGGAUGAUAAGGACACCAAGGCAUUCUUAUCCAGAGAAGGAAGAAAGUUCCUCAAGAUUCCUUUUGGCCGCGAGCGAUCAUUAUCGCUUGGAGACUUCUCACAUUGGGAUACGGAGUUCUCACACCUGUUGAAUGUAUGGGAACAAGGACCCAGCGGUUGGUCCCAGUUGCGCCUGAGACCUGACAGGAGUAAUUUUCUCGAGUACUCUACCUUCUGGGCUGCGUCAGUGGUCUUGUUACUCACUGUUAUCAGCAUCGUCUUUGGCGUUGCUGGCUUGGUACUCGCUAAGAAGGCGCUGGAUGUUAGUGUCAAGUCGCUUGAUGUAUCCAUCAAGUCAUAUGAGUUAUCUUUGGCAAUCGCAUGUGCUGAAGCCAACGCGACGGAGACCUUGCCAAACUUUUGCAAAUAG